AUGGUACUGAGUCAAGCAUUCCGAACUUUCAUCAUUGGCACGGUCAAGCUUGGACCAGCACUGGUCCUUCAUGCAUUAUGGGUCGAUGAGCAGAGGCAUUGCUUCUAUGCCUAUGACGGCUCCCUCAGCUUCCACGGGCCUGGUGGAGCUCACCCAAGCCCGCCAUCAAAUCUGCUAUGGACAUUCGCACCUUCCGGCAAUGCUGGAAUCUGGUCCAAGAGUGUUCCUCCGUCAAAUUUUUCAACUUUAGUCCGUCUUUCAACCGGCCUGUAUGCUUCUGGACUGGAUUUGGGCUUUGCCCUGGGUGGCUGUGAGGCUGCUUCAACCACUUCAGAUCUAUCACAACAUCCAGCUGGGUACAUCCAACUUAGGCCUGGACUGGUCAUGUAUAAUAUGUCUUCCCAAGCUUGGUACAACAUCUCUUCGGUAGGCUAUAGCGCUAGUGGAGUUGCUUUAGAUGGCGCGGCCCAAUUCGUCCCUAUGUUUGGAAUGCACGGCCUUCUGUUGAUCUUUGGAGGCACCGUAGACAACGGUGCUUUGGCUGGUACUGAAAGUGUCCCGGUCUUUGAUCCAAUCUCGCAGCAAUGGUCGAUCCAAAGGACUACUGGCACAAAGCCUCAAGCUGCGAAGAAUCCAUGUGUUGUCGGUGUCCCAGGCGAUGAUGGUACCUAUGAGAUCUUUUGGUACGGCGGUCGUGUAGGUGAAGACAUCGUUAGUACUGUGGCGCAAGGAUCUGUCUUCGUGCUUUCUCUACCAUCCUUCAAUUGGCAGAAACAGAAUGGCACGCCUUCCACGGGCCGAUGGGCUCACAGUUGCAAUGCGAUCGGCAAUAGGCAAAUGGCUGUCAUAGGAGGGACAGUUUUGAACGCAAGCAGUGAUAUCAAUUCACAGACAGGGAUUCAAGAUCCGUGGGAAAAGGGUAUCGGUGUCUUCGACUUGACAGCUAUGGAGUGGAAGGACGGCUACGAUGCAAAUGCAGCGCGGUAUGUUACCCCACAUGCGGUCAAAGAUUAUUACCAAAGAAAUGGGCGAGAGCCCAUCUGGUCCAAUGACGUUGUCAAGGGUUGGUUCAUGCACACCACUGACUUAGAUCAUGCGAACUCCACCAUCAAGUCUGCUCCUCAACCAGAGGCAAGCUCUUCGGGGACUGACAAAGGUGCGAUAGCUGGAGGCACUGUCGGCGGUGUUCUAGGUCUAGCGUUGAUCGUCUUCCUGAGCCUUUGCCUUGUGCGACUUCGUCGUCGCAGUGCCGAUGUGACAGUUGCCCUACCGAGUCCUGAACAUCACAUGCCUGAGCUAAACGCCGUUGAGAACAUGAGGUUAGAGAUGGAUACGUCCAACAAGCCUAUCGAGAUGGCGCACAGAAGUGUUGCGACAAGUGAAUUACCUGCACACAUGGAGUUCAUUGCAGGAGAAAGGCUUCGUUCACAAGACAUGCCAGCGAGAUGA